AUGGCCCCCCUCAUGAACAUCACUCACGAGACUUUCAACAUCGCCGCCCGUGAGCGCAUCAACGGCUUCAAGCACCUGACCGUCACCACCAUGGUGAUGCGCCUUCCAUCAGCCGAGACCGUCGCGACGGUCAAAAUCACCGCACGCACCGCCCACGAGUCGGUCAAACUCGUCGUCGUCAAAUUCCAAGUCGGGCGCACGGGCAUCGUCGCCGCCCACCACCCCUGUGGCCGCUUCUCCGAGGUGGUGAUGGCAGCGCUGGGCCGGACGCUCAAGCGCACCGCGCACGCUGGCAAGGCGGCCGCGCUGAGAGCCGCCAUGGAGCAAAUGCUCGCCAACACUCCGGCCUGGAAUCGCGCUGUCCUGCUCCGAGCAAUCAAGUCGAUGGGGCUAAAAGGGCUGAAGGAUCUGGAUGUCGCUGGGGGCUUCAACUUCGGCCGUCCUCGUGUGGCGGCAGGUGCGGGUUUGAGGAGGAGCCUGAGGAUUGCAGCCCGCAGACAACAGGCGCGAGCGGCUUAG